CGGGGAGACGCAGACGUCGCUCUUCCAAGAUGGCGGCGCGUCCGUCGCGAGCAGCCGGGCCGUGGGGAAGCCAGCGAAGCCGAGUAAAGCCGCCGCCCGAGAGAGGACUGAAGGAGCAGUUGCCGCCUUUGGCGGCGGCCCGGGCAGUUUUCGCUGCUGCUACGGCUGUUGCCAUGCGGCGAGGCUAGGGAGGAUCUCACUUUCCCGGGGUGUAAUAAUGUUCACAGAGGCCAGUCUAUCCAUAUGGGGAUGGGGAAGCCUUGGCAUUGUCCUUUUUCUAAUAACCUUUGGACCCUUUGUAAUAUUUUAUUUGGCAUUUUAUAUCCUCUGCUUUGUGGGUGGGGGUUUAGUGGUUACUCUCCUGUUUGGAAAAACAAACUCAGAGAGGUACCUAGAACAGUGUGAACACUCAUUUCUUCCUCCAACAUCAACUGGGGUUCCUAAGUGCUUAGAAGAAAUGAAACGGGAAGCCAGGACUAUUAAGAUCGAUAGAAGAUUGACGGGUGCCAAUAUAAUUGAUGAACCUCUCCAGCAAGUUAUCCAGUUUUCCUUGAGGGAUUAUGUCCAGUAUUGGUAUUAUACAUUAAGUGAUGAUGAAUCGUUUCUUCUUGAAAUUAGGCAGACUCUUCAAAAUGCACUAAUUCAGUUUGCUACUAGGUCAAAAGAAAUAGACUGGCAACCUUAUUUUACUACACGCAUUGUGGAUGAUUUUGGCACACACCUACGAGUAUUCAGAAAGGCUCAACAAAAAAUAACAGAGAAAGAUGAUCAAGUAAAAGGUACAGCAGAAGAUCUUGUAGAUACCUUCUUUGAAGUUGAAGUUGAAAUGGAGAAGGAAGUUUGCCGUGAUCUAGUGUGCACUUCUCCCAAAGAUGAAGAAGGAUUUCUAAGGGAUUUGUGUGAGGUCUUAUUAUAUUUAUUGCUACCUCCUGGAGAUUUCCAGAACAAGAUCAUGCGAUACUUUGUCAGGGAAAUCCUUGCACGAGGAGUUCUUCUUCCAUUAAUAAAUCAACUCAGUGAUCCUGAUUAUAUUAAUCAGUAUGUCAUAUGGAUGAUCCGUGAUUCUAAUUGCAAUUAUGAGGCCUUUAUGAACAUUAUUAAAUUGAGUGACAAUAUUGGAGAGCUAGAAGCAGUCAGAGAUAAGGCAGCAGAAGAAUUACAGUAUCUUAGAUCUCUAGAUACUGCUGGUGAUGAUAUCAACACUAUAAAAAAUCAAAUAAAUAGCUUACUAUUUGUAAAGAAAGUGUGUGACUCAAGAAUACAGCGGUUGCAGUCAGGCAAAGAGAUAAAUACUGUGAAACUGGCAGCAAACUUUGGGAAACUUUGCACAGUCCCCCUGGACAGCAUUCUUGUAGACAAUGUUGCACUACAAUUUUUUAUGGCAGAUUCCGAUGGCUGCAUCUUCCCUACUCCCUUGAUGCUGUGUGCAUGUCAUCAUCAUCAUAUUUUAUUUGAAGAUCAUAUGACAGGGACAAUGUUGAAAUUACAACACAGUUUAGCAGAAAAAAACUUGUCACAGAAGUCUCCUGCAAGCUCUUUCCUCAGUGAUGACCCCCACAGACAAUUCCUUAAAGGCUUAAUGAGUGAUUUGUGUGAGGGCAAGCCCAAGCGCAGAUUUUGUGAGGGAAAAUACUCCCAACAGUCCUCUGAGACCUACCUGUACAGGCAGCUGGUGUUUGCAUCAUUAGACUCAGAAAAAUUAAAGCGGUCAUCAGGGAUAGUUGCGUGUAUCAGCAGUCCAAGGUCACAGGGGAAUGAAACGGGGGAGACAGGAAGCAAGAGAAGUUAA